GAUUAGCUCUAAUUAUGCUGAAAAACAGAUAUAUUGUAAUUCUAUUAAAAUAUAAUCAGUAGUAUUGUAUUAAUCUCAUACAAAAGUCGCAGGACCAUUUUAAGAUAGGACAUACCAGUUAUCAUUUAUAGGUCAGCAUAUUGAUUGGAUUUCUGUGCCAUAAUUAUAAUGAAAAAGCUUCAUGCAAAAUAAAUAGUUCUUUUUGUUAUAAAUUAGAAUGGUGUUAUUUGAUGCUCACAAAUUCAGUUACUCCAACAAGUCUCUCUUAUGAUGCAACUAACAUAUUUGAAGAAAUCAUUAAUUUAAUAAGUGUAGCAGUCUGAAAUUUUCAAAGUAUCACCUCAAUCUGAAUAUUAGAUAAAAAAAAAAAAAAUAAUUGUUGUUAGAUUAUAAUCAAUCAAAAUUUUUUAGAAAAAAAUUGUGAUUUUGAAUACAUUGAUUAUAAAACUCAAGAACCUUAAUCGAACAAUAUCAAGAGUUUGAAAAAUUAAAUAACGC